AUGUAUAAAAAAGAUGGAGAUGCUUCUAAAGUUCUUUCAUUCUCUUCACGUGGGUCGAACCCCAUUGCCCCAGACAUCAUGAAGCCAGAUGUAAGUGCCCCAGGGGCAGAUAUCUUGGCUGCAUAUUCGCCUAUUGUUUCACCCUCAAAUAGCCCUCAUGACAAGAUGAGAGUUAAGUACAGUAUAUUAUCUGGAACCUCCAUGGCUUGCCCCCAUGCUUCUGGUGCAGCUGCAUAUGUCAAAACGUUUCACCCCAAUUGGUCUCCUUCAGCCAUCAAAUCUGCUCUUAUGACCACUGCUUCCCAGAUGGAUUCUACCCAAAACAAAGAUGCUGAAUUUGCUUAUGGAUCUGGGCAAAUCAACCCAACAAAAGCUAUUAAUCCAGGACUCGUGUAUGAAGCUUUAGCGGAAGACUACAUCAAAAUGCUAUGCAGCGUGGGCUACGACACCAACAAACUCAGACUCAUUUCAGGAGAUAACAUUGUGAAAUUGAUGCUAUCAUUGAAUAAAAUCUUGUCUUACUUUUAG